AUGACGAUGCUGACGCGGAAGCUGUUCCGACAAAAGUCGACUCGGAUCGAUAUGAAGUUUCUGGAUGAAGAACAGACAAACAAAUCGGACAUGACGAGGACAUCGAGCAUGGUGCCGGAGCCCGUUGCGCCGACGAAGCGUCCCACCAGCAUUGUCCACUCAUCGACGGAGCCACUCCUUCGAGAUGCCGUCAAACUGAAGAGCAAACCAACCAAAGAAUCUCCGCACACUCGACUGUAUGCACUUGGCGUGCAUUUGCUCGACCACAAGGACCAAGUGCACAAUCAGUUUAGCCACUACACGACCACCGGCAAGAAACCUGGCCGGCGGCGAUCCCAGCAGUCUACCCCCGCCACGGCUUUCGCAUCGAGCAAUCGGCAUCCAACAGAAAGGAAACCAGGUUAUCAUGGGAAGUCCCUGUCGUAUGACGCCGCACGGUUCAGCCAACUCACCACCAACCCGUCGUCUUCGUCGUCGAAACCCACGUCUGUGCGGACCGCGAUCAAGCACCUCCGGCGUAAACUCAUGGCCCAGGACCCUGAUGACGUGGCACCGCUGGUGGAGGUGUCCCGGAAGACCGCUACGCCGAUCGACAAGCACAGCACCACGGUCCGCAGGCCAGGGGUGUCUCCCAUCCGGACUCCCAAGUCCCCCACAAGGCUCCACGUCGAAGUUGUGCCGCGCCGGCUGUCGUUGUACGCGCCAGACGACUCGGCCGCCGACGAUGACGGCGACGACGACGGCAGCGAGCAAAGCCAUGAUGACAAGGAAUUGCCUCCAAAGAUGAAACUGCAAAGGACUGCCCCGCAGGAGAAGCGCAGUCUAGACAAAGUCGAGGUUGACCCGGCGGUUGUGGCGGCCAACGAAGCCGAAAAGGCCAAGUUUCUGCAACUCACAGAGCAAAUCAACAUGCUCAAGUCCACGCUUGGCCUUACGGACGAAGACUUGCAGUGGAAAGUCGAAAGCGCCAAAUCGAAUGCGUUUGUCUUGGCCGACAAAAAGCUGAGCGCCGCCGAAGAAGAAUACGACCGACUGCUGUAUGAGCAGUCGCUGUUGGUCUCGUGUCCAUUUGAAGAUUGCACCAAAGAAUUGGCGCCACUGCUCAAGACCUUGUGUUUGCAAGCCAAGGAGACGGCGGAAACCAAAGCGGUGAUGCUUGUGACCCAGCACGAAGUUCAUUCCACCAAAAAAUCGCUCCUGGAUGCGAGGGUGGAUGCCGAAAUGAAACGCGCGCGGUCCAACAGUCCGCCGCGGCGGGAGAGUGUGCUCACGCGAGAUUGCGUCGGUUACCAAGCGACCCUGGGCGAUCAAAAGAAGGACUUGCUGGCGAUUCAGGAGAAGUUCAAAGCUGGGGUGCUCAAGCAAGACGCGCUCCAAAAGCAAGUGGUGGCCGCCACCGAGGCGAUGGUCGCGUCGUUUGGCGCGCAAGCGGUGCGCUUCUCCACGGAUGACAUGGCCAACGCCGCGCGGUCGCUCAUGGAGCUGGUGCAUUCGCUGGGUCAGACCACCGGCGACGACCUCGCGGGGGUGUGCACCAAAGCCAUGGACAUUUGCAAAUUGUUUCACGGGUACCAAGCUAAGGAACUGGCGCGCAAGGAGCGCGAAAUCAACGCCACGCUCAAGCAAAUGGAGAUUUGGCGCAACCGGCGCGAACAAGCCAAGGAAUACCCCAUGGAAAUACGCCGCAUGGAAAGCGAGUGGAAGGCGAUGCACGCAGCGGACAACCUUGUGUGCUACGAGCGUCUGUGCUCACUAAUUCCCGACACGAUUGCGUCCAUGUCUGUGGAGCAGCUUCUGGACGCAGCCAAGGCGGCGGGGGUGCUGUACACGCGGGACUUGGCCAACUACCUCAAGCAAAACAAGUUUUUACAGUGGAUCGUCACGCACGACCGCGACAAGUGCCGCGAUAAUUUUAUCACAGGCGAAUGGGCGCAAUGCUUUGCCAACUUUGAAGCAUUCGACGUGACCGAGAUGCGGGGAUUGUUUGUGGCCCUUCCUGACAAUUUUGAGUUUGACAAGGACGGGCGCAAGGCCGAGUGGCGCGAGGCGUUCGUGGCCCACCUCAAGAUGCUCGUGCAGCAGCAGCGCGGCGACUGUGUCAAGGCGGGAUGGGACCCCGUCAAGGGGACGAGGGCCGAAGUGAAGCUCAAGCCCCCCUCGGACAAGCACCUGCUCAACCCCAUGUAUCGGUACCCGACCGAAGUCGAGAUCAAGCAACGCCUCGAGCGGUUUGAAACCCAGGCCAAACGACUGGCGCAAAAGAAAGCGCGGAUGCAAGUGCUGACCAACCAAGACAUUCCCAUGGCCAAAAAGGAGUACCAUGCUGUCGCCGAAGAUGCGCGGUCCGAAGACCUGUUGCGUCAAUUCGGCAAGCCCGCACUCAUCAAGCUCCGCGACGAGUCGAAAAAGGUGUACCAGUCGCUGCAAAAAGAAUAUGAUACCCUGAAAGGGGAAGUGGCCGUGGGCGACCGCGCUGCGCAGGUCGCGUGCCCCACACACGAGCAGUACGUCGAAGAGAUCGCCGCCAUCCGACUGCUUCCCCCAGAGGUCCGCGCCGAGGUUAUCCGCGGUCCGUUCGAUGCGCAUCCGGUGCUCAAGCCCAAGGAGCGCGCCGUGCACAAAAAGCUGUCGGCCGAAGAGGAGGCCGUGGCACGCAAAAACGAGCUCAGCCAUGCGAUCGCAGAACGAACCAAAGAAUUCCACGAUGCUAAAAAGGUGGCCGACGACGACGCGCCUCCCGGUGCUUUGACGGACGCGCCACCACCACUACUACAUGCAGAGGACGGAGCGGGGCUAGCCGCGAGGAGCAGCAAUCGGCGGGGGUCUCUAUCGCAGACAGAUGUGACGCUGUCCAAGACGCCCCGCGCGGUCAAGGCGUCGCCGGCCGUGCUGUCGUUCCUUCAAAACGACUUUUGCAACAAACAACGCAAGCCGUCGGGAAGUCCCGAGAAGCCAUCGAAUCAUCUGUCGCCGCCCAAGAUGGCGGUGAUCCUCGACGGCGACGAAAUGCAGGACGAAGGCGGCCAGGUGCCGGUCGACGCCCUGCCAAAGUCGCAUGCGUUGAUGAAACUCAUGGGGCUGGCGACCAAGUCGGUGCCGGUGAAACGCCCGAGUAUGCUGCACGACCCGAACCUCCUCGAAGACUUGUCGAAACCAAACAUGAUGGCAGAGAUUCAACGGCGGCGGUCGAGCAAGGGCACGCCGCCGCCGUCGCCCCUCCAAAAGAAGCAGGGGGUGAACUUUUUAGACGAGCUCAAGCGACGCGCUGAAGCACGAGACAGUUCCGCCGCGCAGGCCAAGAAUCCGAUUGAAGAAGGACAUGAUGUUGCGAAGGGGGAGGAGACAAAAGAGGUUGCGCCUGCCAAGCCCAUGAGCUUCCUAGACGAACUCAAGAAGAAGGCGAAAGCAAAGGAAUAG